GAUUUAUCUGUCAGACGCAGCGCCGUGGAGUUCAGAUAAAGAGUCAGUAGAGUCCCAGAAGGCUCCAGCAAAGCUUGGCUGUUCGCUACUCUCUCUUUUUUUUUUUUUGCAAGACGGUCGGAUUGAGUUUAAUGUACAACAUGACAUUUGAGGAACUAAGUGGGGAUUAUUCUCAAGAAAGAAUGGAUACGGUGGCGAAAGCCUUGGAGGAAGUCCUCACCUCUGCCUUGCCUCAGGGCUGCAUUACGGUUGGCGUCUACGAGGCAGCCAAGUCCCUCAACAUAGACCCCGACAAUGUGGUGCUGUGCAUCCUGGCCACUGACGAGGACGACGUUAAAGACGUGGCCCUGCAGAUCCACUUCACGCUCAUUCAGGCUUUCUGCUGCGAGAACGACAUCAACAUCCUGAGGGUCAACAACACCCACCGGCUGGCAGAGAUCCUGGGGGGAGGCGGAGGGAAGCAGAGCGGCGGGGAGCCCAUGGACCUGCACUGCGUCCUGGUCACUAGCCCUCACUCCACAUCAUGGAAGGACCCCGCUUUGAGCAAGCUGAACCGGUUCUGCAGAGAGAGCCGGUGCAUGGACCAGUGGGUUCCCAUCAUCAACCUGCCCGAGCGAUGAGCUCCCCCGGACCGCCCCGCAUAGAGGAGACCCUGUUCGGAACCAAAUCAUAUCUGCACAGGAGGCAUGCUUUAAACCCCACCUGACACCAUGCUCCCACCAGAGAAAACAGGUCAGCUGCAACGCUGGUUGCAGAGAGCACAAAAAAAAACUAAACAAAAAAAAAACAAGAAAGAGAAAAAAAAAAAAACAUGCUGUCAGUGUGGGAUGUGUUCAAAACCAAAAUAAAAAAAAGCGUGGGGUCGGGAUUUCCACUUCGAACUGGGUUUGUUUGGAGUUAACGUCCGCGGGCCGUGGAGAGCGAGAGGAGGCGGCGGCGGCGGACUCAAUUCGUCUGGAGGUGGAAGUGUUACGAAGCUUGUGUGCUUUUCAGUGUGACACCCCGCAGCCGAACACAAGGACUGUACGCUGUUUGUUUGGCAACGUCUCCGUGGCGAUGGGGAGGAGCGGGACAGCGACCCCUUAGCGCGGAGCUGCCGAGCCGCUGAGCGGACCCAGGCCUCAGGCUCUCUGCAGAAAUAAAGCACUUGUUGAAACACUGGAGCUGCUGCAGUUUAACUUAUUCAUCACAGCCGUUCAUGUUCAGGUUGAUGUUCUGAUUUCAAAAGGGAAAACCUUCAUUCUGUUUUACUGUUUCUUCUAUAUCUAUCAACACACCAGCUGUUUUUUUUUUGUUGUUUUAUUUUUUCUAAGUGAACUAGUACUUUUGUUCAAAUUUAAGUUAUUUCUAAUUAUAUUUAUGCAUAUUUAUGUUAUUAUUUUUUACAAACUUGCACGAUUUGAGUACCAGACAAAUGUUUUCCUGUCAAUAAAGUCUUCUUGGAAACAAAA